ACGCGUUGGGAAGGGGCGGGCCUGCGCGCCGCACCCUGAUCCCGCCCUUUGCGACCCAUCUGAGCAUCCGCUUCCGGCUUCCAGAGUGAAUUGGCGGCGAGCGGAGGCUGAAGUCCCGGAGGCCUGCGGGGCUUUGCUGGAGAUGGACAGCCGGAUUCCUUAUGAUGACUACCCGGUGGUUUUCCUGCCUGCUUAUGAGAAUCCCCCGGCAUGGAUUCCUCCUCAUGAGAGGGUAUACCACCCAGACUACAACAAUGAGUUGACCCAGUUUCUUCCCCGAAUCGUCACACUGAAGAAGCCCCCUGGAGCUCAGUUGGGAUUUAAUAUCCGAGGAGGAAAGGCCUCCCAGCUAGGCAUCUUUAUCUCCAAGGUAAUUCCUGACUCUGAUGCACAUCGAGCAGGACUUCAGGAAGGGGACCAAGUCCUAGCUGUGAAUGAUGUGGAUUUCCAAGAUAUUGAGCACAGCAAGGCUGUUGAGAUCCUGAAGACAGCCCGCGAAAUCAGCAUGCGUGUCCGCUUCUUUCCUUACAAUUAUCAUCGCCAAAAAGAGAGGACUGUGCACUAGAGAGUUGCAGCCCAUAGCCCUCCACAUUGAAUCUUCUAGGAUAAGCUGACUAGGCCUCAGGGAAGCCUCUUGGGAAACUGUAGUCUUGGCCCCACCCUGGCAGAGCAGAGUAGGGAGGAUGGGGACACAAUGACGCCCUGCCCCAAACCAGCUAGCCAUCUGCAUUACCCAAACUGUAUUGCAGUUUUUGUUCCCUAGUGUUCCAGAUAAGCUUCAUUCCCUGAAAGAAGGAUGAUGAUACCUAGGUAUAGCCUGUGGAGAAUCCCGCUAGAAAAGGCAACUGACAUUUAUUGAAUACCAUGUGCAAGACAAUUAUGCAUAAGUCAUAUCGUUUUCAUUAGCAUAUAGAAACCAAAAGAAAAAAGAAUCUCGGGGGCCUUCCACCCCAUCUACCUGGCCAUCUCAUCCCAUCCUUGCACUACCAGUCUCAUACACUCUGGAGACUCCCUGGGACUGUUCCCCCUGCCCCAUCCUCUGCCAAAAAAAGUAAAAGGCAAUGCUGAGGAAAUGCUGGUUUGACUUUUGGAUGAUACUGACUGGGUUUGCAAUGCUAUUGAGUCCAAAACAAAAGUUCUUCCAAAGAGAGGAAAACCAAUGCAAGUAACAGCAACACUAUACCUACUUCACAACCAUCUCUAUCUGGCCAGUCCAUUAGGGAGGCCCGGAAACCUUACCUUCAGUGUAACUGAGGAAUGGUAUAGGGUUAGGGGUACUGGAAGAAGCAGCGCCCCUUCCCUCAUGAGCUUUGGACGUUUCUCUGCUGAGGAUGGUAUUAAUGUCAUUAUCUUCUCCUUCCCCAGAUUCUUGGAUCUGGUACACAAAUGAAGGGGGAGGUUUGGAUGCAUUGCUUUCAGGGACAGCAGUAAGAAAUUGGUUCCCAAUUUCCACCUUGUAGGUUGAAUGGUACUGUUGACCUCCUUGUCUUCUUUACUCCAGCCCCCAAAUAACCUGCCAUGUUCUUUGUUGCCAGUCCGUUGUUAGAGAUUCCAGGCCACACCUUAUGCCGUUUCUAUUGGCAUGUUUAAAAUACCCAUUCAGAACAAAGUUUUCUAAUGAGAUAUGGGGUGAAGUACCCCAUAAUGAAAGUCCCAAAUUUGCCUUGAAAGAAGCCUGGGAAGCUUAAUUAUGUAUUUCCAGGCCCUUCCCUUGGGAGUGAUUUUGUUGAUCUGAGGUGGAACUUGGAAAUCUGAAUUUUUAAAUCUUCAAAUAUGGAAACAGUCCUAAAUAGUAUAUCUCUAUGAGGAGUUUCUGGCUUGUUCUACAAAUCCCAUCUCAGCUUUACUAUGCGCUAUUGUCAAGUAGCAACAUUCUAAUGAGUAGAACUGAAGGUAGAAUUAGCUGUCUGCUUCCUCCGAAAUCCCACUCCUAGUCUAUGCUCCUAUUUGCUGUGCUGCCCCCCAGUGGCCAUCUGAAAAACUGGAGGCUCAGAUACUUGCACAAAGGCCUAUUGGUUGAGUGAGUCUACUGAAUGUUGAGGUCCAAGACUCUCCCUGACUCUCUCUGUGGUGAAUGGGUUUUUUUUUUUUUUACCAUUUAUUUAUUUUUGAGAGAAAGAGACAGAGCAUGAGUGGGAGAGGGGCAGAGAGAGAAGGAGACACAGAGCUGGAAGCAGGCUCCAGGCUCUGAGCUGUCAGCGCAGAGCCCAACAUGGGGCUCAAACUCACCAGCGGUGAGAAAAUGACCUGAGCUGAAGUCGGACGCUUAACCAACUGAGCCACCCAGGUGCCUCUGUGGUGAACAGGUUUUAAGACAACUCAUCUAAGAAGUGUGGUAAACGUGGUAAAAAGUCCCAGCAAGGUGCCAUGAGCCUAAGAGGCAAAAAGCCUUCUGCCCUAAAUUGGUUCUCACUUUGAGAUACUUGGAAUGGUUCUUUGUUGGUACACUAGCAUGAUGUAGUUGCAUUGUAAAGGUACAGGUAUAGUGUGGAGAAGACAUGAGCAAUAACAGGCUGAGGCAAAAGGACCAGUCAUUUAUUGAGGGUGUAGAUAAGAAAACAGUGGGGAAUGAACUGUAUUGGCCUUUGAGGUAUCCCAGCUGUUGUAGACCUGCAUCCCCUAUAGAUAUCUUUGAGCAGUAAGAGAAAGUAAGGUGGGGUUCCUGGGCCCUGCAAGAACUUUCCAUCCCAUAGCUGCAAGAAGCAGUCAAGAAAGAAUGAUAGCAUUUUCAGGGGUUUUGUUUUGUUUUGUUUUGUUUUGAUUUUAUUUUAGAGAAAGAGAGAGCAUGAGCGGGGGAAAUGGGAGAGAGGAAGAGAGAGAGAAUCUCAAGCAGGCUUCAUGCUCAGCGUGGAGCCUGAUGUGGGGCUUGAUCCCAUAACACUGGGAUCAUGACCGUAGCUAAAAUCAAGAGUAGGACGCUCAACCGACUGAGCCACCAAGGCACCAUUCAGGGUUUGUUGUGCUCCUAAGUUCAGGAAUUGUAUGAAAGCUUAGUAAGUAUCCAGGUAUUUAAACUGUAAGUUUGAGGGGCAGGGAUGGAUUACUGGGAAGCCCAAAUGCAAUAAAUUAAUCAAAUUAGGCAGAGACUAAGUUAUGAAAAGGAGCAAUAGAUUUUGAUGCCUGACUCCAUGGAGGGCUUCAGUUGGAUUUCAACCACUGAGGUGUGUGUUAAGAGUAAUGUUACUGGGGUCAAAUCUCAACUAUUCCCAGGGAAGCUGCUAGGAGACCCAGAAGAGGAAUUCUGAUCUUAAAUCUGUUGCUUGAAGGCAAACCAGGGAGCUACUUUUGGUUAGUCCCAUUUUCCCUUAAAUAGUCAGGCCUGGCCAUCAAUUCAGCAAAGGGUUUGCCUUCUCUGCUUUAUACUCCCUGUCCCAGCAAAGCUGGGAGAAAGGAUACUCCUCUUCCUUCAGUGGAAAUGAAUUCUAGAUAGAAGGGCAGAAGCCAUGUACUAGAAUAGCUAUGUGUGUGUAUGUGAAAGUCCAGGUUCAGAGACAAUCCCAGGACUUUGUACUGCAUGAUGGGAAAAUGACCCUUAUACCAACCCCAGGAUAGGACAAGCCAAGGUUAUCCAAAAGAGUAAGCAGUGGGGGGGGGGGAGGGGAGGGGGGGUUAGCUAGAGCUAAGAGUGCAACAGAAAUAUUAUAAAGGGAAAUGGGUAUUACAUAUUUUACGUUGUUACCAGUUUUGGCACUGGUGUCAAACAUCCCAUUGAGGUCUCUGGAUUUUUCCUUCCCAUUGUCUGCAGAGAUUUGUCUGGACAAAUGAGAACUGAUGUAAGGGACCAGAUAGCAGUAAGUGGUAACUCAAAGUGGAUACGGAUAGAUCCUUCUGAGGUAUAAUGAUGCCUCCACAGGACAGGAACCAUAGAAGCCUUCAACCCAUCAUCUUUCUGGUCCCUGAAACUGGUAACUCCUUCCAUGUCAAUACAGCACAGUAGACCCUCCCCAUAGAGAUGGAACCCUAGGUGUGCCAGAAGUUGUAGUUAUACCUUACCUUUUGUUGUUCAGAUCAAUGUUAGCCACUAACACGAUGAUGAUGUCAUCAUCUCUUUCUGUGCAUACAUCUUGUACCCACUUAUGUGUCUGCUUGAAAGCAUUGAUGUCUAUAA